GGACUAGGAGGGGCUCGGGGCCAGGCCGGAGCCGUGGUAGGCGGGUGCAGCGGCUGCGUGGCACGGCGCGGCGCGGGGCGGGCGUGCUCUCCGCGGAGAGUUAGAGGAGUUGCCGAGCUGAGCUCCGGUGGAGCGAGGCGCGGAGCUGGGUGCGCGCCGAGCCUCUGCCUCCCGCCGCCUCCUCGCCCUCCAUUCCUCGCUCCCCGUCUUCUCCCGGCCACACCGCCACUGCUGCCGCCUCCCUGGGAACAGUAGCCGGGGGAGGGGGACUGGCGCGGUCAGAGCCUGCGAGGAGGUGCGGGGCGCCGGGGCGUAGGGGAGCGCGCCGGGCCCUGCCCGAGAUCAGAUAACAGCCGGCGGGGGAGGGGGUGGGCCGGCCGUGCUCACAGCCGAACCGAGGGACCGACGCCAGCCGCCCCGGCCCAAGCUAGCGCCCAGCGGCCGGGGGCGCCGUCCAGGCGCGCGCCCCCGACCCGUGGCUGGACCAGGGCGAUCCGCUUUGCGGAGAGACGCGCCCCUCGGCAUGGAGCGCCCCCGGGAGCUGCCCUGAGGCGGUGGCGGCAGCGGCGGCGAUGCAGCCAGCGCGGCAGCUGCCGGGGCCAGGAACGGCCGCCCGGAGCUGGGAGGACGCCGAGCGCGCCGCGCCCGGGCCACUGACCGAGGAUGUUCUAGUGACUGGAUCCUUUCCAGCUGGUGCCUGGGAAAUGGCAGCCACUACUAAUUCAGCCUUGAAGACAGUACUGUGCCCACUCAGCACCAUUACGUAGAAGAUAGAACUCAAGAGGCUUUGAGCUGCUCGGAGCAGGGGCUGGAGCAGCCAUGACCCGCUGGAAGUCCCUCAAGGCCCCUGGGCCACACAAAUCCAGCCCCUGUCAGCUGGUGGCCUCACGCCGGCGUCUGAGUGCCCCGGCCCUGGCUGCCUCCUUCUGGAGGGUCCAGGAAUCUGGGGCUGAGCCCCCUUCCCAGCACAGCCUCAGGGGUACCCCCUGCCGCCGGCUCCCUACCUCCAGGCCCAGGCAGAAGCAGUGUCCACCAUUCCGGCCCUGCGUCCCAGCUCCUCAGCGUCAUGGAGCCGCCCUGCCUGGAGCUAGCCUGGGGGCGAGCCAGGGUCCCCCAACCCCCGGGAUGACCGCGGCCAGCCGGGCCAACCCCUACAGCAUCGUGUCAUCGGAGGAGGACGGGCUGCACCUGGUCACCAUGUCGGGCGCCAACGGCUUCGGCAACGGCAAGGUGCACACGCGGCGCAGGUGCCGCAACCGCUUCGUCAAGAAGAAUGGCCAGUGCAACAUUGAGUUCGCCAACAUGGACGAGAAGUCACAGCGCUACCUGGCUGACAUGUUCACCACCUGUGUGGACAUCCGCUGGCGGUACAUGCUGCUCAUCUUCUCGCUGGCCUUCCUUGCCUCCUGGCUGCUGUUCGGCGUCAUCUUCUGGGUCAUCGCGGUGGCACACGGUGACCUGGAGCCGGCUGAGGGCCGCGGCCGCACACCCUGUGUGAUGCAGGUGCACGGCUUCAUGGCGGCCUUCCUCUUCUCCAUCGAGACGCAGACCACCAUCGGCUACGGGCUGCGCUGUGUGACGGAGGAGUGCCCGGUGGCCGUCUUCAUGGUGGUGGCCCAGUCCAUCGUGGGCUGCAUCAUCGACUCCUUCAUGAUUGGUGCCAUCAUGGCCAAGAUGGCAAGGCCCAAGAAGCGGGCACAGACGCUGCUGUUCAGCCACAACGCCGUGGUGGCCCUGCGUGACGGCAAGCUCUGCCUCAUGUGGCGUGUGGGCAACCUGCGCAAGAGCCACAUUGUGGAGGCCCAUGUGCGCGCGCAGCUCAUCAAGCCGCGGGUCACCGAGGAGGGCGAGUACAUCCCGCUGGACCAGAUCGACAUCGAUGUGGGCUUCGACAAGGGCCUGGACCGCAUCUUUCUGGUGUCGCCCAUCACCAUCCUGCACGAGAUUGACGAGGCCAGCCCGCUCUUCGGCAUCAGCCGGCAGGACCUGGAGACGGACGACUUUGAGAUCGUGGUCAUCCUGGAAGGCAUGGUGGAGGCCACAGCCAUGACCACCCAGGCCCGCAGCUCCUACCUGGCCAAUGAGAUCCUGUGGGGUCACCGCUUUGAGCCCGUGCUCUUCGAGGAGAAGAACCAGUACAAGAUUGACUACUCGCACUUCCACAAGACCUAUGAGGUGCCCUCUACGCCCCGCUGCAGCGCGAAGGAUCUGGUGGAGAACAAGUUCCUGCUGCCCAGCGCCAACUCCUUCUGCUACGAGAACGAGCUGGCCUUCCUGAGCCGUGACGAGGAGGAUGAGGCGGACGGAGACCAGGACGGCCGAAGCCGGGACGGCCUCAGCCCCCAGGCCAGGCAUGACUUUGACAGACUCCAGGCUGGUGGCGGGGUCCUGGAGCAGCGGCCCUACAGACGGGAGUCAGAGAUCUGAGCCAACCUUGGCCGACAUGCAGCAUCCACCCCCGGCCGGGGAGAGGCCCCGCGGUCGCUCAGGGGCCCCGGGUUUGAGCAGAACGGGCCCAGUGCCCUGGGUUGCAGACUCAGUAGCGUUUUAGUCGUUUUAUGUUUCUUUGCAACGGCCUCAGAAGGUUGGCCGGAGAGGGGGCAGCCAGAGCGGCAGCCCCCGGCCUCAGAGGCUAUCACAGGCUCAGGGCAAAGAAGUGGCCUCCUGGGGGGCCAGGCCACGAGGGCCAGGGCUUCUGCCUGAAGAUGGAGCUGCAGCCUGCGGGGAAGCAGCUCAGCUCGAUGGUGGGCCCAGCCUCUGCUGUCCAAGGCUGGCUAGCUGCGGUGCUCCUUGCUGGUUUUUAACUUGGGGAGAAACACCGGGUUUCAGCUUUCUUGACCUUAGCUUGGGUGAGACUGUUUACAAAAAAAAAAAAUUACCAUGCAAUUGAAAAAAUUUUUUUUUAAUUCACAGGGGGCAAAAAGAACAAUUAGAAUUCCAUGGGUCUGCCAGGAUGCAGCAGCUGGCUGGAGGCUCCAGAGGGUUCCCCGAGGUGGGACUGGCCUCUCCCCGUGUGUGUGGGCACCACAGUCCCUGGGCAAGCAGGGUGCUCUGGGACCGCACUUCAUCGAGCUCACGAGCCGGCUAGGCUCUGUUUGUGAUAGAAAAAUCAAGACCAUGUUAAUGAUCGUAAUAAAAGCUUUCUACUGUCGUUGGGGUGGUGGGUGGGGCUGGGAAGAAACUGGUUUGAGCUUUUAGAGUUUGCCUUUGUACCUUAGAGAUGUGUCUCAGGGCCAGGCAUGGGACCUGCCAUCGAGGGUUCCUCCACCCACCCUCGAUUUUCCUGUUUUGCUUCUCUCUCCAUUUCUGUCCAGGCCUCCGCCCAAUUCCACAGUGAGGGGUGGUUAGGAGCUAUAGGCCGGGAUGGCUCCUUGGGAAGGGAAGUCGGGAUCCCAGGCUAGGAGGAAGCUGGCAGCCCCGUCCCCACUGGGCCCACAGUGUGAGUCGUGCCUUAGAGACUCCGGGUUGUCCUGUUUUUUCUGGGCUUGCUCAUUUUCCCCCAACCCUGUCCCACCCCACCCCUCCCAUACCUCCACUGCUGAAGUUCCUCCAGCCCCUCUGUCUGCCUUGUGAAGGUGGCAGGGGCCAGGUCUGCCUGACAUAGGACCACAUCCUGUCCCUCCCUCACCUGGAGCAGCACAGCGGAGUUCAGGCAGGGCACAGCCAGGCCCUGGUCAGCGCUGAAUGGCAGAGGAAAGAUCUUAGGAAAGGAGAGGAAUCGCCACCCCCUCCUGCCAACUGGGAUGACUGGGGAGGGCCACGCUCAUUCAAAGCUGAAUCAGAAACCAGCCAUGGAACAGAAUUCCUGCCGAGGCUUCCAGGGCCGCUCCUCCACCACCCUCCCCCAGGUUGAGGCACUGUGGCACCCUCAUCAGGAAGAGGUUUGGGGUCCCCUUGUUGUCACUGCUGGCUCUGCCACCCCAUCUUGUUCAUGGCAGCUGGUUGGGUCAGGUCCAUGGUAGAGCCAGGCCCUUCCCAGGGCUGCGGAGAAAACCUGCUCUCCUCUAGUCGGGCCUCUCCAGAAGCCGGUAAUCAGAAAGGAUGUGUCUCCUGCUCCAACUCUGCCCCCGAGACAGCUCAGAGCCAGAAGGCACCCCGAGACAGCUCAGAGCCAGAAGGCACCCCGAGACAGCUCAGAGCCAGAAGGCACCGAGGACUCUGCCCCAAGUGGGGAAGCUGAGGCAGAGAGCAGAGGGGGUCAUGCAGUGAGUGGGUGGGGUGCAGGAGACAGAGAGGGGCUGGGGGCAUGGGGUGGGGGUGUCUGCCUCUUCCCUCCACCUCCUCCCCUCCUUAGCAGCUGAAGACUCAGCCCUGAGGUCUGGGGCAAUAGAAGUCAAGACACCCGACCCCUACAUCCUGGAGUAGGCCCGACUCAGCAUCCUGCCCCAGCUUCAGCCCCACACUCAUUUCUGGCAUAGAAGAUUCCGCCGAGGCAGCUCUUUCCUCUCGGGGUCUGCCAAGGGUGCCUCAGCUGGUUCCUGCUCCCAGGCCUAGCCCCGAAGCCUUAGGGGCUUUCUCAGCCUUAGCCCUGGGUACUGGGGUGAAGUUGGCAGGGGAGAGCUUGACACUUCACCUCCCUGAUGGCCAUGCUGAGGGACAGUGGUGACCCUGGUCACUUGGUGCUGGUGUAGGGGCCUGUGCCCUUCCAGGGCCAGUGAGACAGCCUUCUACUCCCCCGACCCAGAGCUGAGUCCGAGGACCCCAGGCCCACCCCCUGGCCCUCUUGGAGGUCUGUGCUCUUACCUCCCAGCCCCCACCCUGCGGGAGAGCAGCCCCAGCGCCUCAUCUCCCCAAAGGCGGCAGAUGCUUGAUUCUCCUGCCCUCUUUCUUCCUUCCCUCGUAUUUAUUUAUUUAUUUAUUGCUUGUGCUAAAGACCAAAAUAGUCUCCCUCUUUAGUGCACUUGAAGCGGGAGGGCGGAUGGGAUGAGCCAGGAGCGAGGAAGACUUGGCCCCUGGGGAGUGUGUGUGUGGAGGCGUGUGCCUGUGUGAGCCUGCAUGCAUACAUGUGUGGUGCACACAUGCACACUCGGCUCUUCAUGUGUAUGACUGGGUUAGUAAUACAGAUACGUGAUCUAUACGUGUGUGUGUGUGUGUGUGUAUGCAGGUGGUUAUGUGUCUCUCUACCCCCAGGUGUUUCCGUGUGCAAGUUUCCUAUGAGGGGGGCUGUGAGGGUGGGCACCCACCCAUCAGGUUGGGCACUGGCACAGGUGAACCCCACAGUCCCCGACCCUCUGCCCUGAUUAUGCACGUCUGCUCCUGAGCGGAGCUUGUGUUCCAGGAUGAGGCAUCUGGAGGUGAGCGUGUGCGUCCGGCUCGUGUGUAGGAGGCUGUGUGUGUGCCCAUGUGAAACCAUGUACUUGAGUGUGUGUCUGUGUGCAGCCUAUGCCUGCUGCUCAGAGCACGGUGGCCACCCCCUGAGCCUCUGCUGGUGCUGUGCUGCGCGGUCCCCACCCAGAGGGUCCUGGGGGGCGGGGAGGAGCCACCGUUGGGAGGCCCCUGUACGAGGUGUCUGCCCUGCGUGAGGUCAUAGAAUGUCAAAUUAUUUUAAAUGGUGAAACUGGAGAAUUUUCAUGUUAUUUUCAAUACAUAGCAGUAUCUAAAGACGUAGGCGAUGAGACUAGACCACAUUAAAUGCAUUUUGAUCUCUUUGA